GCCGCGGCUCGGGUGCGGUAGCAGCUGGCGGGCGAGGUCCAGGCGGCUCGCUGCGGCUCGGCUAGGAGCCCCUGGCGCGCCGCGCCCUCGGUGCCGGGCCGCGGAGCCGGGGAUGCUCGCGGCGCCCAGGAGCCAUGGUCCGCUUCGGGGACGAGCUGAGUGGCCGCUAUGGGGGCACCGGCGGCGGGGAGCGGGCUCGGGGCGGCGGGGCCGGCGGGGCGGGUGGCCCGGGCCAGGGAGGUCUGCCGCCGGGCCAGCGGGUCCUGUACAAGCAGUCCAUCGCGCAGCGCGCCCGGACCAUGGCCCUGUACAACCCCAUCCCAGUCAAGCAGAACUGCUUCACCGUCAACCGUUCGCUCUUCGUCUUCAGCGAGGACAACGUCGUCCGCAAAUACGCUAAGCGCAUCACCGAGUGGCCGCCCUUCGAAUACAUGAUCCUGGCCACCAUCAUCGCCAACUGCAUUGUUCUGGCCCUGGAGCAGCACCUUCCUGAUGGGGACAAGACUCCCAUGUCUGAACGCCUGGAUGACACGGAGCCUUAUUUCAUCGGGAUCUUUUGCUUCGAGGCGGGGAUCAAGAUCAUCGCACUGGGCUUCGUUUUCCACAAGGGCUCCUACCUUCGAAAUGGCUGGAAUGUCAUGGACUUCGUGGUGGUCCUCACGGGGAUUCUCGCCACAGCUGGAACAGACUUUGACCUUCGGACCCUGAGGGCUGUGCGUGUGCUAAGACCCCUGAAGCUGGUGUCUGGAAUUCCAAGUUUGCAGGUGGUGCUCAAGUCCAUCAUGAAGGCCAUGGUCCCGCUGCUGCAGAUCGGGCUGCUGCUCUUCUUUGCCAUCCUCAUGUUCGCCAUCAUCGGGCUCGAGUUCUACAUGGGCAAGUUCCAUAAAGCCUGCUUCCCCAACAGCACAGAUGCAGAGCCUGUGGGUGACUUUCCCUGUGGCAAGGAGGCCCCAGCUCGGCUGUGUGAGGGUGAUACUGAAUGCCGGGAGUACUGGCCAGGACCCAACUUUGGCAUCACCAACUUCGACAACAUCCUGUUUGCCAUCUUGACAGUGUUCCAGUGUAUCACCAUGGAGGGCUGGACUGACAUCCUCUACAAUACAAAUGACGCAGCCGGCAACACCUGGAACUGGUUGUACUUCAUCCCUCUCAUCAUCAUUGGCUCCUUCUUUAUGCUCAACCUAGUGCUGGGUGUGCUCUCAGGAGAGUUCGCCAAGGAGCGGGAGCGAGUAGAGAACCGUCGUGCCUUCCUGAAGCUCCGUAGGCAGCAGCAGAUUGAGCGAGAACUGAACGGGUACUUGGAGUGGAUCUUCAAGGCGGAGGAAGUCAUGUUGGCCGAGGAGGACAAGAAUGCUGAAGAGAAGUCCCCUUUGGAUGUGUUGAAGAGGGCUGCCACCAAGAAGAGCCGAAACGACCUGAUCCACGCGGAGGAGGGCGAGGACCGGUUUGUGGACCUCUGUGCUGUUGGUGAGUCUCGGGGAUGGGGUGCCUUCGUCUCUACAGAUGGGCUCCCCAGAGUGGGCUACGAGGAUAGAGGUGUCUGCACUUUUGAGAAUUCCAGAUGCUUUCCUGUAAUUCCUGGCUCUCUUGGCCUCAUCGAGGGAACAUUACUGAAGGAGACUAAACCUUCUCUUCUCUGCCUUCUAGACUUUGCAGAGUUUGUUUUCCUGGGUCUCUUUCUCACAGAGAUGUCCCUGAAGAUGUAUGGCCUAGGGCCCAGGAGCUACUUUAGGUCUUCCUUCAACUGCUUUGACUUUGGGGUGAUUGUGGGGAGUAUCUUUGAAGUAGUCUGGGCUGCCAUCAAACCAGGAACCUCCUUUGGAAUCAGUGUGCUGCGGGCUCUCCGAUUGCUGAGGAUUUUCAAAGUCACAAAGUAUUGGAAUUCCCUGAGGAACCUGGUGGUAUCCCUCCUCAAUUCCAUGAAGUCCAUCAUCAGCCUCCUCUUCCUGCUUUUCCUCUUCAUUGUGGUCUUCGCUCUGUUGGGGAUGCAGCUGUUUGGGGGACAGUUCAACUUUCAAGAUGAGACCCCGACCACCAAUUUUGAUACCUUUCCAGCUGCCAUCCUCACUGUCUUUCAGAUCCUGACAGGAGAGGACUGGAAUGCAGUAAUGUAUCAUGGGAUUGAGUCACAAGGUGGAGUCAGCAAAGGCAUGUUUUCUUCCUUUUACUUCAUCGUCUUGACGUUGUUUGGAAACUACACCCUGCUGAAUGUUUUCCUAGCCAUUGCUGUGGACAACCUUGCCAAUGCCCAGGAGUUGACCAAGGAUGAAGAGGAGAUGGAAGAAGCAGCCAAUCAGAAGCUUGCUCUUCAGAAGGCCAAAGAAGUAGCUGAAGUCAGCCCCAUGUCUGCUGCCAACAUCUCCAUCGCCGCCAGGCAGCAGAAUUCGGCCAAGGCGCGCUCAGUGUGGGAGCAGCGGGCCAGUCAGCUAAGGCUACAGAACCUGCGUGCCAGCUGUGAGGCACUGUACAGUGAGAUGGACCCCGAGGAGCGCCUGCGUUAUGCCAGCACACGCCAUGUGAGGCCAGACAUGAAGACACACAUGGACCGGCCCCUAGUGGUGGAGCCUGGCCGGGAUGGCUUGCGGGGACCUGUGGGGAACAAGUCGAAGCCCGAAGGCACGGAGGCGGCUGAAAGUGCAGACCCUCCACGCAGGCACCACCGGCACCGUGAUAGGGACAAGGGCUCAACCACGGCCCCUGCUGGCGGCGGCGAACAGGACAGGACAGACUGUCCAAAGAGCGAAAACACCGAAACAACCACGACCCGGGAGGAACGUCCGCGCCCUCGUCGCAGUCACAGCAAGGAUGCUGCAGGGGCUGAAGUGCAAGCACGCUGUGAGCGCAACAGGCGUCACCACCGGCGUGGCUCCCCGGAAGAGGAGGCCGCUGAACGCGAGCCCCGGCGACACCGUGCCCACCGGCAUGCACAGGACUCGGGUAAAGAGGGCACCGCACCAGUGUUGGCACCCAAGGGCGAGCGACGCCCACGACAUCGAGGCCCCCGCACGGGCCCCCGCGAGGCAGAGAACAGCGAGGAGCCCACACGCCGGCACCGUGCAAGGCAUAAGGGGCCACCAACACUUGAACCCCCUGAGAGGGAGGCUGCAGAGAAGGAGAGCGCCGUGGCAGAAGGGGAUAAGGAAACCCGAAACCACCAGCCCAAGGAACCUCACUGUGAUCUGGAGGCCAUUGCAGUUACAGGUGUGGGCCCUCUGCACAUGCUGCCCAGCACCUGUCUCCAGAAAGUGGAAGAACAACCAGAAGAUGCAGACAACCAGCGUAAUGUCACCCGGAUGGGCAGUCAGCCUUCAGACCCCAGCACCACUGUGCAUGUCCCGGUGACCCUGACAGGCCCCCCCGGGGAGACCACUGUCGUGCCCAGUGGUAAUGUGGACGUGGAAGGCCAAGCCGAGGGCAAGAAGGAGGCAGAGGCUGAUGAUGUGCUGAGAAGAGGCCCCCGGCCCAUCGUCCCAUACAGCUCCAUGUUCUGUCUCAGCCCCACCAACCUGCUCCGUCGCUUCUGCCAUUACAUUGUGACCAUGCGGUACUUUGAGAUGGUAAUUCUUGUGGUCAUUGCCCUGAGCAGCAUUGCCCUGGCUGCUGAGGAUCCUGUGCGGACUGAUUCAUCCAGGAACAAUGCUUUAAAGUACAUGGAUUACAUCUUUACAGGCGUCUUCACCUUCGAAAUGGUCAUAAAGAUGAUAGACUUGGGGCUGCUGCUGCACCCUGGAGCCUACUUCCGGGACCUGUGGAAUAUUCUGGACUUCAUUGUUGUCAGCGGAGCCCUGGUGGCAUUUGCUUUCUCGAGCUUCAUGGGAGGAUCCAAAGGGAAAGACAUCAAUACCAUCAAGUCCCUGAGAGUCCUGCGUGUCCUGCGGCCCCUCAAGACCAUCAAACGGCUGCCUAAGCUCAAGGCUGUGUUUGACUGCGUGGUGAACUCCCUGAAGAAUGUCCUCAACAUCUUGAUUGUCUACAUGCUCUUCAUGUUCAUAUUUGCCGUCAUUGCAGUGCAGCUCUUCAAAGGGAAGUUUUUUUACUGCACUGAUGAAUCCAAGGAACUGGAGAGGGACUGCAGGGGUCAGUAUUUGGAUUAUGAGAAGGAGGAAGUAGAGGCUCAGCCGAGACAGUGGAAGAAAUAUGACUUCCACUAUGACAAUGUGCUCUGGGCCCUGUUGACGCUGUUCACGGUGUCCACAGGAGAGGGGUGGCCCAUGGUGCUGAAACACUCUGUGGAUGCCACCUAUGAGGAGCAGGGGCCAAGCCCCGGGUUCCGGAUGGAGCUUUCUAUCUUCUAUGUGGUCUACUUUGUGGUCUUCCCUUUUUUCUUUGUCAACAUCUUUGUGGCCUUGAUCAUUAUCACCUUCCAGGAACAGGGGGACAAGGUGAUGUCUGAAUGCAGCCUGGAAAAGAAUGAGAGGGCUUGCAUUGACUUUGCCAUCAGUGCCAAACCCCUGACUCGAUACAUGCCCCAAAACAAGCAGUCGUUCCAGUAUAAGACAUGGACAUUCGUGGUCUCUCCACCCUUUGAGUACUUCAUUAUGGCCAUGAUAGCCCUCAACACAGUGGUGCUGAUGAUGAAGUUCUAUGACGCACCUUACGAGUAUGAGCUGAUGCUGAAAUGCUUGAACAUUGUCUUCACAUCCAUGUUCUCUAUGGAGUGCAUAUUGAAGAUCAUCGCCUUUGGGGUCCUGAACUACUUCAGAGAUGCCUGGAAUGUCUUUGACUUUGUCACUGUCUUGGGAAGUAUUACUGAUAUUUUAGUAACAGAGAUUGCGAACAACUUCAUCAACUUGAGCUUCCUCCGCCUCUUCCGAGCAGCGCGGCUCAUCAAGCUGCUUCGCCAGGGCUACACCAUCCGCAUCCUGCUGUGGACCUUCGUCCAGUCCUUUAAGGCGCUGCCCUACGUGUGCCUCCUCAUUGCCAUGCUGUUCUUCAUCUACGCCAUCAUCGGCAUGCAGGUGUUUGGAAACAUCGCCCUCGAUGAUGACACCAGUAUCAACCGACACAAUAACUUCCGAACGUUUCUACAAGCCUUAAUGCUGUUGUUCAGGAGUGCCACUGGGGAGGCCUGGCAUGAGAUCAUGCUGUCUUGUCUGGGCAACCGGGCCUGUGACCCAUAUGCCAACGCCAGCGAAUGUGGGAGCGACUUUGCCUACUUUUAUUUUGUCUCCUUCAUCUUCCUUUGUUCCUUUCUGAUGUUGAACCUCUUUGUUGCUGUGAUCAUGGACAAUUUUGAGUACCUCACACGGGACUCUUCCAUCCUAGGGCCACACCACCUAGACGAAUUCAUUCGAGUCUGGGCUGAGUACGACCCAGCUGCGUGUGGGCGCAUCAGUUACAAUGACAUGUUUGAGAUGCUGAAACACAUGUCCCCACCUCUGGGGUUGGGGAAGAAAUGCCCGGCUCGAGUUGCAUACAAGCGCCUGGUUCGCAUGAACAUGCCCAUAUCCAAUGAGGACAUGACGGUGCACUUCACAUCCACACUGAUGGCCCUCAUCCGGACAGCACUGGAGAUCAAGCUUGCCCCAGCAGGGACAAAGCAGCACCAGUGUGAUGCUGAGCUGAGAAAGGAGAUCUCUUCUGUGUGGGCUAAUCUACCCCAGAAAACUCUGGACUUACUCGUACCACCCCACAAACCUGACGAGAUGACGGUGGGGAAAGUCUAUGCAGCUCUGAUGAUAUUUGACUUCUACAAACAGAACAAAACCACCAGAGAUCAGAUUCACCAAGCUCCCGGGGGCCUGUCCCAGAUGGGCCCUGUGUCCCUGUUCCACCCUCUGAAGGCCACCCUGGAGCAGACCCAACCCGCUGUGCUUCGAGGAGCUCGGGUCUUCCUUCGACAGAAGAGUGCCACUUCUCUCAGCAACGGUGGUGCCAUACAAACCCAGGAAAGCGGCAUCAAGGAGUCGCUGUCGUGGGGCACACAGAGGACCCAGGAUGCACUUUAUGAGGCCAGAGCACCUCUAGAACGUGGCCACUCUGCAGAGAUCCCUGUGGGGCAGCCAGGAAAACUGGCUGUGGAUGUCCAGAUGCAGAACAUGACAUUGAGAGGACCUGAUGGGGAGCCCCAGCCCGGGUUGGAGAGCCAAGGCCGGGCUGCCUCUAUGCCACGCCUGGCUGCAGAAACACAGCCUGCCCCUGAUGCCAGCCCCAUGAAGCGCUCCAUCUCCACACUGGCUCCACGCCCCCAUGGGACUCACCUUUGCAACACAGUCCUGGACCGGCCUCCCCCUAGCCAGGCAUCAUCACAUCACCAUCAUCACCGCUGCCACCGGCGCAGGGAAAAGAAGCAGAGGUCCCUGGAAAAGGGGCCCAGCCUGUCUGUUGACACAGAAGGUGCACCAAGCGGUGCUGCAGGAUCUGGUCAGCCCCAAGGAGAAGGAUCCACAGGCUGCCGCCGGGAGCGCAAACAAGAACGAGGAAGGUCCCAGGAACGGAGGCAGCCGUCCUCCUCUUCUUCCGAGAAGCAGCGCUUCUAUUCCUGUGACCGCUUUGGGAGUCGGGAGCCCCCGCAACACAAGCCCUCUCUCAGUAGCCACCCUACAUCUCCAACAGCGGCACUAGAGCCAGGACCCCACCCACAGGGCAGUGGUUCUGUUAAUGGGAGCCCCUUGAUGUCAACAUCUGGUGCUAGCACCCCAGGCCGAGGUGGACGGAGGCAGCUCCCCCAGACUCCCCUGACCCCACGCCCCAGCAUCACCUACAAGACCGCCAAUUCCUCGCCUGUUCACUUUGCUGGGGGUCAGAGUGGCCUCCCAUCCUUCUCCCCUGGCCGUCUCAGCCGAGGCCUUUCUGAACACAAUGCCCUGCUCCAGAAAGAGCCCCUGAGCCAGCCUCUAGCCCCUGGCUCUCGCAUUGGCUCUGACCCUUACCUGGGGCAGCGUCUGGACAGUGAGGCCUCUGCCCACACCCUGCCUGAGGAUACACUCACCUUUGAAGAGGCAGUGGCUACCAACUCUGGCCGCUCCUCCAGGACUUCCUACGUGUCCUCCCUCACCUCCCAAUCCCACCCUCUCCGCCGUGUGCCCAAUGGCUACCACUGCACUUUGGGACUCAGCACCGGCGUCCGGGCACGGCACAGCUACCACCACCCAGACCAGGACCACUGGUGCUAACUGCACCAUGACCACCCAUGCACCAGCUCCGUGGGUGCGGGUUCCAGUUGAUGAGUUUUAUCAUCCGCUCUGGGCUGUGGGGUCACAGCCCUGGGAGGAGGGUCCUCACAUCAUGGCCUCUGUGGUGGAGGCUCCUGCUUCUCUCCUUCCCUCCCUUUUACACUGGAUGGACUAAUAAAGCCCUUUCUUAGAGGGAUAUGGUUCUCUCUAUCCUCCUGUGUACUGCCUUCCUGGGUUCCAUGCCAGAUGUUGGAUCCUAAGCAGGAGGUAGCUGAGUUGAGAUGGACCCAGCAAAUCCAAAUCCUUUGUCAUGGCCCCCAGCAUCCAGGGUGGGUACUUGGGACUUUCUUAGGAGGCCUGAGUCUCAUGGAGAGUAUUGUUUGUCUGAAUGUGUAGCCUGGGCCAUAGGGUGACCUGAAGACAAGGAAAGGAACCCAGCCGUGGCUGGCAGCGCCUGCCAGCAUCAGUAGUCUCGUGUCUGCUGUCUCGGAGUCAAACAGCACAUGUGUGCAGAGUUGCACUCAAGGCCCUGCCGUCCUCCUGUGCUGUCACCAUAAUAGGGACCAAAUCUGGAGAAUGUUGAUGCUGUUGAUUCUGGUUUUCAGUUACACCACCUUUCACUGUUUGUCUAUGUAGCUGAUCUCAAAAAAGGAAAAAAGAAAACGGGGAAGGAAAUGUUCAUGUAACUUUAAAAACUCAACGUGUAGGGAGGUCUCCGUUUUGCAAUGUUUCUGUGACUUGUAUGUGAUGUUCCUGUAUGGAUUCCACCCUGCCCAGGAAGUGCCCAAUGGCCCUGGCUCCUCUGCUCAACCAAGUGCCUGAUCUCCGGCUCUGAGCAUCGUGUAUGAGGAGAGGCCUCAGGAACUAUCGGGUGGACUGGGUGGGAACUGCUCAGAGCAGCGUGGGGGCGUGUGUCUUAGGGACACUGACAAUGUCCGGCAGCAUGUCAGAGAAAGAGCUGCUGCGCCCCAUGCACCUCCCCGAGUGAUGAGCUCUGAAGAAGCUGCAGAGUAGCAGUGUGUGCUCGCAUGAGGCAUUUUCAAUCUGUUUUUUAAUCUGAUUCUCAGGGACGGGAUGCCUGCCAAGUAGGGUAUGAUCUCUGUGGUGUUUAAAAAAACAAACUCAUUUUCACUGGAUGCUGAAGAGCCAGCGCUAGGCGCUAAUAAAGAAGAGAGGGAAUAGGGCAGGGGGAAAGACACCGGAAGCAUAACAAGAAACAGGCAGGGAGGAAAUGGCUCCUGGAAGAGGCUGGGUGUCUAAAGCCUAGUGGAGUCCCUGGCCCCAGAUCUGGGGAGGCAGCAGUCAAAUAAAGCCUCACCUCACGGCUACUUUGCAAAGGGAAAACCCAUACCCAGGAGGGUGUGUGAUGCGCACAGACAGCUGGGAGGCCACUAGAGGAAGGUUGCUCUAGGCAGGCAGGCAGGCACUCCUCGGUGUGUUCUGUGUUUUGAAAUUUCUGAUGACUUCUUGGAGGAAAUGUUGGCUUCUAUCCCAUGUUUCUCAUAGAAGCUGUGUGUGAUUGUGUGUGUGUGUGUGUGUGUGUGUGUGUGUGUGUGUGUACUCACAGGAGAUGCAGAGGUGUGUGUAUGUGUGUGUGUGUGUGUGUGUGUGUGUGUGUGUAGGUGUGUUCAGCGAGUGGCUGUUGUCAAUCAUAGGGCUAUGCAACAAAAGACACAUUACUAGAAACAAAACACAAGACCGCCACUUGGUCUAGGGUUUCAGCAUGAUUGUGACCAAACCUUUUAUAGAAUUUCCUUAUAUGAAGGCACAAUACCCUGAAACUUUAAUGAAAACAGAGUAUUUUAUUCCAGUAGGGUAAAAUUCAACAGGAACCUUGGACUGUGCAUGUGACUGCACUGAUGUUGCAAAGUAGGAGGAUGUGCAUUUUGAUACUGACGUUCUGUCUCUGUUCCAAGCCCAGCCCUUGUUCUCUGGAGUGUUGAGUGUAUACAUUCUGUGUGGAACUACAGAUGCCCCAGACAGCCCUGGGUUGGGAAUCAUCUUUACCCCACAUUAGCGUAGCUGGCUUUUCUUCCAGGCAUUGGUAUACAUGAAAAUCACAAGAAGCAGGGAAAGGAGACUUGGAGUCUUGCUUCCUGACUUUGGGUUUGUUUCUGUACUGUCUCUACCUGUCUGUUCCCCUGAAAUUUCAUAGUGAGUUGCCAAAUUUGAAAUGCAACAACCAGCUGUCUGCAUCUGGAACCUGUCAAGCAGUGGCUGUAGUUUGAACAAGUUAUGUGUGCAUGUAAAAUAUAUCCAUAUAUACAUUAUACAAGUAUGCGCAUGAAAUGUAUAUCUUCGUACUUUUUGAUACAAUGUAUUCAUUUGUUAAUUUUUAAUUAUAUUUGAUAUAAAUUGAA